AUGGUUUUACUCGAUGGGAAAGAAGUCAUUACAGAGGAGGAGAAGCGCCUGAAGGAAGACCGUAAGAGAACAAAGUAUUGGAAGCGUUGGGGACCGUAUGUGGCGGAGAGACAGUGGGCCACAGUGAGAGAGGAUUACAGUGAAGAUGGCGACGCCUGGAGCUACUUCACCCACGAUCACGCAAGAUCGAGAACGUUCCGUUGGGGUGAAGAUGGCAUUGCCGGUGUAUCUGAUACACACGGUAUACAGAACAUUGCCUUUGCAUUCUGGAAUGGCGAAGAUGACUUCCUAAAGGAACGCCUGUUCGGGUUGUCAAACCCUCAGGGUAAUCAUGGCGAGAGUGUCAAGGAGGCGCACUUCCAUGUGGAUAACACCCCGACGCAUUCUUACAUGAAAUUCCUCUACAAAUACCCCCAGAGAAAGUUCCCCUAUCAAGACCUCGUCGAUGAGAACGCAAAGCGCUCACGCUUGGAGAAAGAGUAUCAGAUCCUUGAUACUGGUAUCUUCGAUGAUAAUCGCUACUGGGAUAUCUACAUCGAGACUGCCAAGGACGCCGAUGAUGAGGAAGAAUUGAACUUCCGUGUCAUUGCAUAUAACCGUGGCCCCGAGCCUGCUCAUCUGCACAUCAUCCCUCACGUCUGGUUCCGAAACACGUGGGCCUGGGGCGACGAGAAGCAAAAGAAAAAGCCAUCCAUCAAGAGAGAGGGUCCAUUGGUAGCCAAAUCAAACCACAGCAAAAUUGGCGAGCGAUAUGUCUCGUUUGCGCCAUCGCCCCCGGUGGGGUCUAGCGAUGAAGAUAUCCAGCCUCAGAUGAUGUUCACCGAGAAUGAAACUAACAACAAGGUGCUGUGGGGUACUGAGAACCAGACACCCUAUGUCAAAGACGCAUUCCACCGCCACAUCGUCCAGGAAGAAAAGGAUGCCAUCAACCCAGACGAGGAAGGUACCAAGUUCGCUGCCUGGUACGCCUUCAACAACGGCGAGGGAGUUCCCCCGGCGAAUGCGCCGUGGUCCGUUUCAAGAUGUCCCCGUCGCGCUGAUGCGGAUGACUUCUACUACCACCUCAACCCUCUCCCAAUGACCGACGAUCUCCGCAACAUCCAGCGUCAAGCAUUCUCCGGAAUGAUGUGGUGCAAACAGUACUACAACUUUGUCUGGGAUCAAUGGGCCAAUGGUGACCCAGCUGAAGUUCCUCCUCCGCCGGGCCGGAAGGGCAUUCGUAAUGAACAGUGGCGUCAUCUGUACAUCGACGACAUCCUGUCCAUGCCAGACUCUUGGGAGUACCCAUUCUUCGCUGCGUGGGACACUGCAUUCCACUGUAUCCCACUGGCCAUGAUGGAUCCCGAUUUUGCAAAGAAGCAACUCGACCUACUCACUCGUGAGUGGUACAUGCACCCGAACGGUCAGCUGCCUGCUUACGAGUGGAACUUUGGCGAUGUGAAUCCUCCCGUGCAUGCAUGGGCUGUGUUCCGCACGUUCAAAAUUGAGCGGAAGAUGUACGGGCGACAGGAUUUGGACUUCCUGGAACGUGUUUUCCAAAAGUUGCUGCUCAACUUCACCUGGUGGGUGAACCGCAAGGACUCCGGUGGCAAAAAUGUGUUUGAGGGUGGCUUUUUGGGACUCGAUAACAUCGGUCUGUUUAAUCGCUCGGAGCCAUUGCCCACUGGCGGUGUGCUUGAGCAAGCUGAUAGCACUGGCUGGAUGGCCUUCUACUGUCUGACCAUGCUCAACAUCGCCUUGGAGCUGGCCAAGCAUCGUCGCACAUACGAAGACAUUGCAUCCAAGUUCUUCGAGCACUUUUUGCUGAUCAGUGAUGCAAUGACCUUCCGUUCGGGCGAUGACACUAUCCAGUCCCUCUGGAACGAAGAAGACAGCUUUUACUACGAUGCCAUCUCCUACGGCGGACCAUGGACUCAGCAGCUACCCAUCAGAUCUCUCGUCGGUUUGAUCCCGCUGUACGCAGUUCUCACCCUAGAGCCUGAGCUCAUCAACCAAUUCCCCUCGUUCAAACGACGAGUAGAGUGGUUUAUCGAGAACAAGCCCGACAUAGCUGAGCGCAACAUCGCCAGCAUGAAGAACCGCGGUAAAGACGACCGACUGCUCCUAGCCCUAGUCAGCAAAGACCGUCUCAUCAAGAUCCUCGAGCGAAUGCUCGACGAAACAGAGUUCCUCUCCGAGCACGGUAUCCGCUCCAUGUCCAAGUUCCACCAAGAAAACCCCUACUCCAUGGACGUCAACGGCCAAACCUUCAAAGUCGGCUACGUCCCCGGCGACUCCGACUCCUCCCUCUUCGGCGGAAAUAGCAACUGGCGCGGCCCCAUCUGGCUCUGCGUCAACUUCCUCCUCGUCGAGUCCCUCCUCCGCUUCCACAUGUUCUACGGCGACUCCCUUCAAGUCGAAUGUCCCAAGGGCUCAGGCGAUUACAUGCAUCUCGGACACGUAGCAGAAGAACUACAGCACCGCAUGCAGCACCUCUUCGCCCGCAACGACGAAGGCCGUCGCGCCGUCAACGCCGGCUCCGACCUGCUCGAUUUCGACGAGCACUGGAAAGACAAUCUCUGGUUCCACGAGUUCUUCGACGGCGACAGCGGACGUGGACUGGGAACAUCUCACCAGUGCGGAUGGACAGGCCUAAUCGCCAAAAUCAUCCACGACACUGGUGUCAACUGUCGUCUGCCACAGACGCCGCGGUCACCCUUCGCCGCGGCAUCGCACUACUUCGACGACAUCUUCUCGCGUUCCGGACGACCGCGCGGCUCGAACCGCCCGUCUAUCCGUCGCUCGUCGACUACCCGUUCCAUCGGAAACCGUAGUGACUUCUACUCUGGUGCUGUCACGCCAGCUGCGACGGACUUGGAUGAUGACGGUGAGAGCCGUGGUCCUAGUCGGCUGGGCAGUCGUAGGGGUAGCACUGCAGAUCCCGAUGACCAGGAUCAUGUGGACCACUAUGUGGAGAGUCAGUUGCAGCGGGUGCGCAGCUCUGCAUCGAUUGCUGCAUAUGAGGAUGAGUUUGAGACGAAGGCUGAGAAGGCUGAAGAGAAUGGGCAGAACUGA